AUAACGUCGAGGCUGCACUGCUCUCUGUCUCAGGAGGGUCCGAAAGGCGCGGCCCGGUGCAGAACAAGCCUAGCUGUAUAGACUCUAUGAAUUUCUGUACAUGUACGUAGACACAAAGAGCUCCUAAGGACCCCCCAUUGAUCUUGAGGAGGACAAUGCAACAUCUGUUUAUCAUCAGCUGUUUUCUGGUUUCAUUGGUUAUGAUGUUUGCUGAGACUGAGACUGAGUGUGAUAAUGAUGUGUUGGAAGAGAUUCAAGACUCAGAGGACGAUUUCAUAGAUUUAAGUACCAACCUUACCAGUCUCUGUCCAAAUCAUUUCCAAGUAUGUUCCCUGCCGGAAGUGCAAACAAUUUCCAUUGGAGUCAAAGUGUCUUCUUUAUGUAGACUGCACACUUCAACGUCGCACGCAGAUAACCUAGUGAUAUCUUAUCACACUGGAGGGGAGAAUGAAAGCUCUACAACAGUAGAUCAAACUCUUUGUCACAGAGUACAAUCGAGCAAGUUCCCAUUUGAUUUAGUUGUUGUAAGGCCUAAUAACACUAAUAGCAAUCGUGAGGCAAAGAUCUACAUUUAUAACUUGUGUCGAGAAACAACUCUGAACGUUCUCUGUACUGCUAGGCAAUUACAGGAUGAUUUACAAAUGGGGGAUGUAGCCAACAACACUUUAAUGAUAGAGUUCAUUCUAAACUCUACAGGCCCAAGUACUGACCUGGCUACUGAAAUGGCUACUGAGCCUCCUAUAGACGUCGUCGGCCUUACAGCAGGCCUUAUAGCAGCAAGCCUAGUAAUUGGAGCACUUGUAGUACUUGUCAUAUGCAUAGUUAUCUGCAUUUGUAAGAAGAAAAUGAUAUGUCCGACUAAAUCGUCUCAACAAAAUGAUGUCAUUGAACAAGAAAUGGAUAAUAGAGCAGCAACUUAGUGUACUUCAAUAAUUAUAUAGUAUGUUUUGAUAUUCCUCUGGCAUUUGUGUAAUUCAUUUUUAUUUUCCCUUGUGUUGUUGAGUACUGUUGUGUUUUACUAUAAUUAUAUUAUAUUUAUAUGCAUGCGGGUCGUUUUGUUAUUAUGACAGGGUAUAUAUAUAUAUAUAUAUAUGCAGUAA